AUGGGCGCUGGCGUCGCGGUGCUGCUGCUGGUGCAGCUGCUGGCGAGGGUCGAACUGGAAAAGCAGGGGCUGCAGGAUCGGAACCGGCUGCUUUCAGAGCCCUGCGGCCGCCCGGCCGUGCACGCGCGCAUCGUGGGCGGAACGGACGCGGCGCGCGGGCGCUGGCCGUGGCAGGUGAGCCUGCGGCUCCGCCACCAGGGCCACCGCUGCGGCGGCAGCCUGCUCGGCCGGCGCUGGGUGCUGUCGGCGGCGCACUGCUUCCGGAAAUACAGCAAUCCGUCGAAUUGGAUGGCCCAGUUCGGCGAGCUGUCCUCCCGCCCAUCUCUCUGGAACCUGGGGGUCAUCUUCCAGCGCUUCAGAGUGCAGGACAUCAUCGCGUACCCGCAUGUGAAGGAGUCUUCGCUCGGCGACAUUGCCUUGCUGAAGCUGACCUCCUCUGUCACCUACAACAAGUACAUCCAGCCCGUCUGUGUUAUGGCCUCCACCUUCGAGUUCCAGAACAAGAGUAACUGCUGGGUGACCGGCUGGGGGGACAUCCGUGAGAAUAAAAAGCUGCCGGUUCCUUACACCCUCCAGGAAGUUCAGGUCUCCAUCAUCAACAACUCCAGGUGUAAUUUCCUGUUCCAACAGCCCAACUUCUUGUAUAGAAUGGCAGAUGAUGUGAUCUGUGCUGGCUCCGAGGAUGGCAAACAUGACUCCUGCGGAGGUGACUCAGGUGGACCCUUGACCUGUGAAAAGAAUGGACUGUGGAUUCAGAUUGGAAUCGUGAGCUGGGGAGUGGGCUGUGGUAGGCCAAACCGACCCGGCAUCUACACCAACAUCAGUAGAUACUUCAGCUGGAUCCAGAAGCUCAUGGGCCACAGCACUAGGACAGACCCCUCCCCACUCCUGCUGCUCCUCUCUCUGCUCUGGGCAGCCCCGCUCGUGCAGCUGGCCUGUGUGCCCUGA